AUGGAUUUCUGGUUCGGACAUAGAAUGUACGACAUCUACGCCAUGCGCGACGCGGACGGGUACGCGAGCUACCAGGCCAUCUAUCCCUUUUUUGGGGAGAGGGGGAGGGGGCUGUCCCGGAAGGAUGUUCUCGAGAGUAAGGAUGCGGUGCGAGUGAAGAGUUGCUGGGGGGGGAUGAUGGCUAUGCAGGGGAGGUAUGUUCAGAAUGUGGAGGAGGAAAAACCAAGAGGGAAAGCGUGGGAGGAGGGGGUGGUGGCGGGACAUGCGAUUGAUCCGGGGAAUUAUACUCGUGCUGAUGCUGAUGCUGAUGCUGCUGUGACGGGACCGGUGAGGUUCAGGCAUGAGCCCGGGGCGUAUUAUGAUGCGUGUGAGUGUUGUUUGUUUUCGGCGGAUUUGACCGAGGCGGCGAAGAGGCAGGGGGAUUUACCGGCUGGGGCGAUGAAGGGGAGUGAGAGCGGGAUUUAUGUCAAUCCUUAUAUUCGUGUGGCGUAUGAGGAGGGGGUGUUUAAGAUGAUUCAUGUCGUGAGGGUGUGGGAGAAGCUGAUCAGGGUCAUUUAUGACCUUCAGACCAGGCUGUUUGAGCCGGUGGCGCAGAACCCUUGGAGGACGGUGCAGCCAGGGGAGACCUUCGAGGAGGAGAUUUGGAACGGAAAGGACUGGGAGGUUGUUACUCGCGUUGGGAGGCCGGGGUUGUUUUGCGGUGUGAGGGAGAUGCAAGUCCUGCGCGUUGGGGGGAAGAGGGCGGGGAAGAGUGGGAAUAACUGGGCGAAUACAAGAAUGCCGCCGGGGCAGAGGAUGGAAUUUGCGACGUGGUGGGGGGAGAUCUUGCCCGAGAGCUGGAGAAAGGAUUAUGAGGAUACCCCUGAGGAGGAAAAAGACGAGUUUUUUUACAAGUUGUAUUCUUGGGAUAAAUGA